GUGUUUAUCACUUGAGUAAAUACGGUAUACAAGUGCUGGUCGUCAACGAAGGAGGGUGACCAAUUAGUAAUUGUGCAUUGCAUGUUGCAUUCAUAAUAGCGCUGUAUUGUGUUGGGAAUUUUUUUUGUAUUUAUAUUAAGAAAAUUAAAACAAGCUGUAUAGUUACAUUUAAUUACCAUAACAUAUAUGUUGGAUGGAUUGAGGAAAAUUUGAGCGAAGAUGACUACUUGGUACUUACCCGCGUCCGUGUUUUUGCUUGUCAUUCUUCUCAUUCUCUUGGUUUUGUUGGUUGUUUACUUGUGCGUUAAAAAUGGUAGAUGUUGCUUCGAUCGUCCAAAAGCGGAUGUGGACGAUCUUGAUUACGUUACGUUAGCGACAGAAGAUUCUGAUAAUGAGUCGUUCUUCAACAAGCCUUACCUACUUAAAACUAUCCAGUUGACAGAGAAUGAGCAUGCACAGAGAGAGAGUGACCAAGUACAGACGGACGACAGUUUGAUGUCAUACACAUCAGUGAAAACAGCUCCAGAAACCGAUUCUUUAGUAGAUCAAGUCGACAACAAACAAGUUCAGGAAGCAAUCUUGGACGACGCAAAAAUCCGUAUAACAUUAUUAUAUUCCAAGGCUGAUUUAUUUUUAAUGCUGACAAUAAACGAAGUGACAGGGGUUCCUAUCAAAGCAAAUAGUGGAUAUGACCACGUAAAAGUGUCCAUUGUCCUGCUUCCAGAGAAAAAGUAUCGCUCAAAAACCAAAUACGCUUUUGUGAAAGAAAAUUCAACCACAUUUAAUGACUCGUUUAAAUUUUCAAACGUUUCAAGAGAAAACUUAUUUAGCUCUGCUUUUAGAUUUCGAUUGUACGGAAAAAAGAAAAUAGGGAAAGAGGUGCUGCUAGGCGAGAUGAUCGUCCAAUUAGCAGAUGUUGCUCAAAGAGCUGGAGGAUUUAUGACGUGGAGGACUUUUCAACGCAAGGGAAAAUAACCCAACACUCCAGUAACUUCACGUCCAUCGCUUGUAACCUUUACAAUGUAUGGAGAUUUAUCGUCUCAAUCGCUGAAUGUGAUAUGUAUUGUUGGUAAAGUGCCCGUGUUCAUACUAUCCAUAAACAUGUCUUGUGGGUCAGCGUAAAAAUUCCAGUUAGUAAAUUAUGACCAAUCACUUAAUGCAUUGUUGUAAGUAAUUUUUUGCUUCAAUUCAAUAUACCUAAAAAAGAUACUAAUAAAAAUU